AUGCGAAAGAUUCUUCAGCGCUACGUUUGCUGGAACCGCUCUAUACUCAUUUCCAAUUUUUGUAUUAAAUCAUCUCUUUCUUUCUCUCUUUCUCUCUCUCUCUUUCUCUCUCUCUCUCUCUCUCUCUCUCUCUCUCUCUCUGGACCAUUCUGGCUUUCUAUUCCGGUCAACUGUCGUUAUUUUUCCUUCCUUCCAUAUUUUAUUCUGUCGUUCUCUUUUUCUUCUUUUUCCUUCCUUUCAUGUUUUAUUCUGUCGUUCUCUUUUUCUUCUUUUUCCUUCCUUCCAUAUUUUAUUCUGUCGUUCUCUUUUUCUUCUUUUUCCUUCCUUUCAUGUUUUAUUCUGUCGUUCUCUUUUUCUUCGUAUCCCCUCCUUCCAUAUUUUAUAUUCGUUCUUUUUUUCUUCUUUUCCCUACCUUCUAUAACUUAUUCUAUCGUUCUCUUUUUCUUCGUAUCCCCUCCUUCCAUAUUUUACUCUGUCAUUCUCUUUUUCUUCUUCUUACCUCCUUGCAUAUUUUAUUCUAUCGUUCUCUUUUUUCUUAUUUUUCCCUCCUUUUAUGUUUUACUCUGUCGUUCUCUUUUCCUUCUUUUUCCCUCAUUUCAUGUUUUACUCUGUCCUUCUAUUUUUCUUCUUUUUCCCUCCUUCCAUAUUUUAUAUUCGUUCUUUUUUCUUCUUUUCCCUUCCUUCCAUAUUUUAUUCUAUCGUUCCCUUUUUCUUAUUUUUCCCUCCUUCCAUGUUUUACUCUGUCGUUCUCUUUUCCUUCUUUUUCCUUCCUUUCAUGUUUUACUCUGUCGUUCUCUUUUCCUUCUUUUUCCUUCCUUUCAUGUUUUACUCUGUCGUUCUCUUUUCCUUCUUUUUCCUUCCUUUCAUGUUUUACUCUGUCGUUCUCUUUUCCUUCUUUUUCCUUCCUUUCAUGUUUUACUCUGUCGUUCUCUUUUUCUUAUUUUUCCCUCCUUCCAUGUUUUACUCUGUCGUUCUCUUUUCCUUCUUUUUCCUUCCUUUCAUGUUUUACCCUGUCGUUCUCUUUUCCUUCUUUUUCCUUCCUUUCAUGUUUUACUCUGUCGUUCUCUUUUCCUUCUUUUUUCUUCCUUCCAUGUUUUACUCUGUCGUUCUCUUUUCUUAUUUUUUCCUUCCUUUCAUGUUUUACUCUGUCGUUCUCUUUUCCUUCUUUUCCUUCCUUUCAUGUUUUACUCUGUCGUUCUCUUUUUUCCUUCUUUUUUUCCUUCCAUGUUUUUACUCUGUCGUACUCUUUUUCUUAUUUUUCCCUCCUUCCAUGUUUUACUCUGUCGUUCUCUUUUCCUUCUUUUUCCCUCCUUCCAUGUUUUACUCAGUCGUUUUCUUUUUCUACUUUUUCCCUCCUUCCUUCUUCUACUCUGUCCUUCUCUUUUCUUUCUUUUUCCUUCCUUCCGUAUUUCAUUAGCUCGUUCUCUUUUUAUCCUUUUUUCUUCCUCUCUUCUUUUCAGUUCCUUUUAUUUUCUCCCGUUUUAUUACGAUUUCUUUUUUCUAUUCAUUAUUUUUAUUUCUUUCCACGUUUUUCUUUCUAACAACCAUUCAUCGAACAAGAUAUCCUCUCUCUCUCUUUCUCUCUCUCUCUCUCUCUCUCUCUCUCUUUCUCUCUCUCUUUCUUUUUUGUUUAUUAAAUUCAUCUAUCUAUCUAUCUAUCUAUCUAUCUAUCUAUCUAUCUAUCUAUCUAUCUCUCUGUCUCUAUUUAUGUACGUUUUCAUUUUAUUUUCAUUUUCAAUGUAUAUUUUGCUUUUUUUCUUUCUUACUUCUUUCAUAAAUUUUUCUUCAUUUUCUCGUUGUUUUCUUUCUUCCUGCAUUUUUAACAUUUUUUUUUUAUUUGGGGUUUAUUUUUUUUUUUACUAUUGUUUACUUUCGACAUUUGUUUCUUCUUUUAUGUUUGUAAAUUUAGUUUCCAGUUUUCUUUCAUUUUUUUAUUCUUUCUCUUUUCUUUCUUUCUUUCAUUUUUUUAUUCUUUCUCUUUUCUUUCUUUCUUUCUUUCAUUUUUUUAUUCUUUCUCUUUUCUUUCUUUCUUUCUUUCAUUUUUUAUUCUUUCUCUUUUCUUUCUUUCUUUCUUUCAUUUUUUAUUCUUUCUCUUUUCUUUCUUUCUUUCUUUCAUUUUUUUAUUCUUUCUCUUUUCUUUUUCUUUUCUUUUCUUUAGGGGUUCUUUUAUCUCCCAUUCUUAUUACUUUUUUGUACUAUUUAUCUUCCUUUUUCACUUUUUCCAUUCAUUCACGUUCUUAUUUCUUUCUUUCUUUCUUUCUUUCUUUCUUUAUUUAUUUAUCUAUUUAUUUAUUUAUUUCAUCGUUCUCUCUUUCUUUUCCUUUUAUCUUCCUUUUGCUUUCUUUUCCUCUCUCUCUCUCUCUCUCUCUCUCUCUCUCUCUCUUUACGAUUUUUUUUUCACUUUUCCAUUCGUAUUUUUUCUUCGUUCUUUCUUUUCUGUUCUUGUUCUCUUUUUUAUUUCUCUUUUUCUUUCUUUUUCCUUCUUUCUAUUUUUCGUUUUUCUUUUUAUUACAUCUUUCUUUCUUUCUUUCAUUCAAUAGUCACAAAUCCGCAUCAGCUCAAAAUAUGGAUGACCCCCCAAGCAAUAUAACUUCAUUUCAAACCCAAUUCCGGUGUCAAAUUAGGAAAGGUCAGCAUGCUUUUUUGACAAAAACGUUGUUCACGACAAUACGUUAG